CCUCUCCGCGUGGAUCUAAAUGAGACGGCUCGGGCGUUAAGUGCCGGUGGGCUGACGCGGGGCUCCCCAGAGGCCAGGCGGAAGGAAGCUCCGGGGGGAAGGCAGGAUCCGAACACCGGAGAAGGAGGCGCGCUUUCCGACCGCCGGGUUCAACCAGUCAAAGCAAGGCAAGGCCCGGGCCGGCACGAUGGGGAGCAAGGCCCUGCCGGCGCCGAUCCCACUGCACCCUUCGCUGCAGCUGACCAACUAUUCCUUCUUGCAAGCCGUCAAUACGUUCCCGGCCGCCGUGGACCACCUGCAGGGCCUCUACGGCCUGAGCGCCGUCCACACCAUGCACAUGAACCACUGGACGCUGGGCUGUUACGCGGCCGCGGCCGCCGCUGCUACUGCCUCGGGCGGCGGCAGCGGCCCGGCCGACAUCAGCCGCUGCUCUGCGCUGAGCGAAAUGGCGGCGGCGCAAGGCCUGGUGGAGCGCUUCCCCUUCCCGGGCCUGCCUUUCGCCACGCACCUGUUCCACCCCAAGCAGGCCGCCGCCAUCGCGCACGUCUUGCCGGCGCUGCGCAAGGAGCGGCCCCGCUUUGACUUUGCCAACCUGGCGGCGGCCGCCACUCAAGAGGAUCCACCCAAGGUUCACGCGGCGGCGGCCGCGCAAGCUCAGGGCGAGCUGGGCGGGCCACUGUCGGCGGCGCUGGGCAAGCUGUCCCCCGAGAGCCGGAAGCCCGCGCGGGGCCGGCUGCCCUCCAAGACCAAGAAGGAGUUCAUCUGCAAGUUCUGCGGGCGACACUUCACCAAGUCCUACAACCUGCUCAUCCACGAGAGGACCCACACCGACGAGCGGCCUUACACCUGCGACAUCUGCCACAAGGCCUUCCGGAGGCAAGAUCACCUUCGCGACCACAGGUAUAUCCACUCAAAAGAAAAACCCUUCAAGUGCCAAGAGUGUGGGAAAGGAUUUUGCCAAUCCAGGACCCUAGCCGUUCAUAAAACUUUACAUAUGCAGGAAUCUCCACACAAAUGCCCCACAUGUGGAAGAACCUUUAAUCAAAGAAGUAACCUGAAAACUCACCUUCUCACCCAUACAGACAUCAAGCCCUACAACUGUGAGCAGUGCGGCAAAGUGUUCAGGCGCAACUGUGAUCUGCGGAGGCACAGUCUAACUCACACCCCGCGGCAAGACUUCUAGAACAGCCGAGAACCCCUCCCCCGGGGAGCUAAUUCUGGCUCAAGGACUUGAACUGUAGCGUAAUCUCUAUGUCCA